AUGGAAAAACAAUUUAGCAUUGCUGUUGGUCCCGAAAUCAAAGGAGAAACUCCUACACGCCGUUCUUUAAUUUCUCCAAAUAAACUUAUAGACUCUCCUUCUGAGGACGUUAAAACUUUAUAUGAUGUAAUGCAAUAUAGUGUCAAAAAUCAUGGUGCUGGUAAAUCAGCCAUGGGCUAUAGAAAAAUUGAAAAAAUAAUCGAGGAAGAGAAAGAAGUGACUAAAAUCGUUGGGGGUGAAGAAAUUAAGGAAAAGAAAAUUUGGAAAUAUUUCCAAAUGUCACCAUAUAUUUAUUUAAGCUAUACAGAAAUUGACGAAGAAAUUAGAAAUAUCGGAUCCGGUUUGAUGAAACUUGGUUUGCAGCCCAAUUCUAAGAUAACAGUUUAUUCAACCACUAGUGCUAAUUGGAUGCUUGUAACACAUGGAUGCUUCAGGCAAAGUAUCACUAUUGUUACUGCAUAUGAAACUCUAGGAGAAGACGGUCUGUUACAUUCUAUGAAUGAAUCAGAGGUUAAAGGCAUGUUCACCAACGCUGAUCUACUUCCAAUGGCUGAAAGAGUUGCCGGAAAAGUCUCAACACUUCAAUUUAUUAUCUAUGAUGGUGAAGAUUCAAAUGGAGUCGCUGACAAGUUCAAGAAUAAUCAUCCAAAAAUUACAUUAUUAACCUUGGAUGAACUCAAGCAAUUAGGCAAAGAACAGGUAGCGGAUCCAAUUCCACCAAAAUCGGAUGAUUUAUGUUGUAUUAUGUAUACAUCUGGUAGCACAGGGAAUCCAAAAGGUGUCUUGUUGACUCAUGGAAAUUUAGUAGCUGCGAUCGCUGGCAUAAAUGAAAUUCUUAUAAAGCAUAUUCGGCCUGAAGAUUCUUUAAUCACUUAUCUUCCACUUGCUCAUGUGCUUGAAUUCACCGUGGAACAUGUAUGUAUCUGGUGGGGUAUAACUUUAGGUUAUGGUAAUAUACGUACAUUGACAGAUGCAUCUGUACGUAAUUGUGCCGGUGAUAUCCGAGAAUUUAAACCAACCUUGAUGGUUGGUGUGCCAGCCGUUUGGGAAUCCAUUAGAAAAGGUGUUUUGUCAAAGGUCAACUCCAGCAGUCCAACUGUACAAAGAGUAUUUAAUGCUGCUUAUAAGGCCAAAGGAUGGCUUUUAAGUAGAGAAUUACCAACUAAGCCUUUAGAUGUCAUGGUAUUUAACAAGAUCAGACAACAAACUGGUGGUCGGUUGAGGCUUGCUUUGUCUGGAGGUGCCCCUCUUUCUAAAGAGACGCAAGAAUUCUUGACCAUCGCUUUGUGUCCAGUUUUGCAGGGAUAUGGAAUGACCGAAACUUGUGGUAUGUGUGCUAUUCUUACACCAGAGCAAUUUGGUUAUAACUGUGUUGGUGCGCCUGUCCCUUGUUUGGAAAUUAAAUUAGUAGAUGUUCCUGAUGCUGGUUACUGUUCCACGAACCCCAUUCCUCAGGGUGAAAUUUUGAUUCGUGGCCCUUGUAUCGCGAAAGGUUAUUACAAAAACGAACAAGCUACAAAAGAGACUUACACUGAUGAUGGGUGGCUUCAAACUGGUGAUAUUGGAGAAUGGAAAGAUAAUGGAACUUUAUGUAUCAUUGAUAGGAAAAAGAAUUUGGUGAAACUCUCAAAUGGAGAAUAUAUAGCUUUGGAAAAACUAGAAUCUAUCUACAAAUCAACGCUUUAUGUGUCCAAUAUCUGCGUUUGUGCAAACUCAUUUCAAAGUAAACCUGUGGCUCUUAUAUACCCUAUAGAGGCUCAGAUCUAUAAUCUUGCUAAGGAGAAGGAUCUGGGUGAAAAAGAGUUUGUAAAAUUAUGCUCAAAUAAAGAAAUAAUUGCCUCUGUUUUACAAGCUUGCAUUUCUCAAGGAAAGAAGGCAGGUCUGAAACCUGCGGAAUUGCUUGGGGAUAUUACGUUAGUACCAGAUGAGUGGACCGCUCACAAUGGUCUUCUGACAGCGGCAUCGAAAAUCAAGCGUAAAGACAUACAAACAAAGUAUCAAGCAGAAUUAGAUCGAAU